GAACAGACACCGCGCGCAGGACUCAGGAUUCCGCCCCCCUCACCUGGAGCGCGAGUGGCCAAUCCGCGGCGCGGUCCGGUGCUCGCGGCCAAUGGGAAGGCGGCGCGGCGCGGCGCGCUCCCAAGGCUAUAAGUGCGCUGGACGGCGGAAAGUGAAAGUGGUGCGGCCGCAGCCUAGGCGUCCGGGAGCGCUUCCCUGGGGCCGCAGCGCGCGCGGGGGCCGGCGGCCGGGAUGCUCGGGGCGCGCGAGCAGCGGCCCAGGCAGAAGGGGGCGGCCGGCUGCAGCCCGCGGGCCGCGCCGCCCUCCCAGGCCAAGCCGCUCACCUCCUUCCUCAUCCAGGACAUCCUGCGGGACGGUGCAGAGCGGCGUGGCGGCCCCCCGGGCAGCCCGCAGACCCCGCGCCGGCCCGACCCGCGGCGAGACACUGAGCCAGGGCCCGAGCGCAGACGCAGCGGCGCCGGGGCUGAGGAGGACGCUCCGGGCGCUGGGCCCCGCGCCGCGCCCGAGGAGGCCGAGGCGCAGACGGAGACCGAGCCAGAUAGGCACUUGGAGACUUAUCUGUCGGACUGUGAAAACGCCUCAGGCGCCUCCCCAAGCCUCCCCCAAGCCCCCAAGCCGCCACCGAAGCGCUCCCGGGCCGCCUUCUCCCACACGCAGGUCAUCGAGCUGGAGAGGAAGUUCAGGCACCAGAAGUAUCUGUCAGCCCCCGAGCGGGCUCACCUGGCCAAGAACCUCAAGCUCACUGAGACCCAAGUGAAAAUAUGGUUCCAGAACAGACGCUAUAAGACCAAGCGGAAGCAGCUCACCUCGGAGCUGGGAGACCUGGACAAGCCCUCCUGCUUGCCAGCUCUGAAGGAGGAGGGCUUCUCCCGGGCCUCCCUCAUCGCCAUGCACACCAGCCACCCUUACUACCCCUACCUUUACUGCUUGGGGGGCUGGGGCCCUGCUUUCUGGUAAUGCCAGCUCAGAGGACAAUCAUGCCUGAUCAAAAACUGCCUUCCCGAGGCUGCCUCUUUGGAAGGCAGAAGGCGUCAGGGUCAGGGAGGGCUGGGGAGCCAGAGGCGUACAGACCAAAACUGUUGGAGGUUUGCGUGAAAAUCCCAGGUUCUGCACUAGUGGGUGGGCCAAGGAAAGGUCUGCGACGGUGAAUAAUUGGAUAUCCAAACAGUUCUUUCAACCCAUAACGUAGGUCACGUUUGCUCCUACAGACCUGCGUGAAGUGGGGAGGGAAAAUGCCAAGUGCUGCGUCUAGCACUUUACAGUUGGUACGGCCUGUCCAUAUCACUUCUGAGGAUGCCCUUCCUGCCACCCCACCCCUUGGGAAAC